GAUCAAAAGCUCGGACUGGUAAAAAAAAUGUCUUCUAUCAUGAAAGGUAUGUUUAUAAGAAGUGCACCAGAUUUAUGUAACCCGAGGCAGUCCUUGAAGGGGAAUUAUAACAAGUAUGUGGAUCAUGAGAGUGAUCCUCUAAGAGAAAACCAGUAUUUGUUCCUUCGUUUGAGGCGGGUUGGCAGAUUAGGAGUUUUUCCCAGAAAGUAUGAUCCUCCUCAGCAGCCACCAUUACGUGGUCAGUAUCGAGCGCAAGCCAUCCUCACCCCAGUGUCAGACCCAACGCCUACUACAAAAAAGCGCGUAUUUACUUUUGGUAAAGGAAGGAGUGAAGGCAACAAGAGCAUGAAGUCUUUGUUGGGAGGCAAGGGAGCAAACCUGGCAGAGAUGUCAAGCAUUGGAUUAUCUGUGCCUCCUGGACUCACCAUAUCAACAGAAGCAUGCCAAGAGUAUCAACAGAAUGGGAAGAAACUAACAAAAGGCUUGUGGGAGGAGGUAUUGGAAGCUUUAGAGAUUGUGGAGAAGGACAUGGGAGCCUCCCUUGGUGACCCUACCAAACCUCUUCUCCUCUCUGUUCGCUCUGGCGCUGCGAUUUCAAUGCCUGGGAUGAUGGACACUGUCCUUAAUCUUGGACUAAAUGAUGAAGUGGCUGCUGCUCUGGCUGAAAAAAGUGGAGAGCGUUUUGCUUAUGACUCUUAUCGCCGUUUUCUAGAUAUGUUUGGAGAUGUUGUGAUGGGCAUUCCACACUCAUCAUUUGAGGAGAAAUUAGAAAAGAUGAAGGAAACUAAAGGAGUUAAACUUGAUACCCAGCUCACGGCAGCUGAUCUUAAGGAGCUAGUGAAACAGUACAAAAAUGUUUACCUUGAAACUAAGGGUGAAGAGUUUCCUUCAGAUCCAAAGAAGCAGUUACAGUUAGCUGUUAAAGCAGUUUUUGAAUCUUGGGAAAGCCCGAGGGCGAUUAAAUAUAGGAGCAUCAAUCAGAUUACUGGACUCAAGGGAACUGCGGUGAACAUUCAGUGCAUGGUGUUUGGAAACAUGGGAAACACUUCAGGGACUGGUGUUCUAUUCACUAGAAAUCCAAGCACUGGUGAAAAGAAGCUCUAUGGAGAAUUUUUAGUCAAUGCUCAGGGAGAGGAUGUAGUUGCUGGAAUUAGAACACCAGAAGACUUGAAUGCCAUGAAAAGUUGCAUGCCCGAAGCUUACAAGGAACUUGUUGAGAAUUGUGAAAUUCUGGAGCGACAUUACAAAGAUAUGAUGGAUAUUGAAUUUACUGUCCAAGAAAAUAGACUGUGGAUGCUGCAAUGCCGAUCUGGAAAGCGUACAGGUAAAGGUGCUGUAAAGAUAGCUGUAGACAUGGUACAUGAAGGGCUUGUUGAUACUCAUGCUGCUAUCAAGAUGGUGGAACCACAGCAUCUUGACCAACUUCUUCAUCCACAGUUCGAGAAUCCAUCUGCUUACAAAGACCAAGUUGUUGCCACGGGGUUGCCUGCAUCUCCAGGAGCAGCAGUUGGGCAGGUUGUGUUCAGUGCUGAAGAUGCUGAAGCAUGGCAUGCACAAGGAAAGAGUGUCAUCUUGGUAAGGACAGAGACCAGUCCAGAGGAUAUUGGGGGUAUGCAUGCAGCUGCUGGUAUCUUGACAGCAAGAGGUGGCAUGACAUCUCACGCGGCUGUUGUAGCACGUGGAUGGGGAAAGUGUUGUGUCUCUGGCUGCGCUGAUAUUCGUGUAAAUGACAAUGAUAAGGUUCUUUUGAUUGGGGACAUGGUGAUUAAUGAAGGCGAAUGGCUUUCACUCAAUGGCUCUACAGGUGAAGUGAUGCUAGGAAAACAACCACUCUCUCCUCCUGCUCUAAGUGGUGAUCUGGAAACUUUCAUGUCUUGGGCUGAUGAGAUAAGGUGUCUCAAGGUUAUGGCAAAUGCUGACACACCUGAUGAUGCACUAACAGCUAGAAAUAAUGGUGCCGAGGGGAUUGGACUUUGUAGAACAGAGCACAUGUUCUUUGCUUCAGAUGAAAGGAUAAAGGCUGUGAGAAAGAUGAUAAUGGCAGUAACAGUUGAACAGAGGAAAGCAGCGUUGAACUUGUUACUUCCCUAUCAAAGAACUGAUUUUGAGGGAAUUUUUCGUGCAAUGGAUGGCCUUCCAGUCACAAUCCGAUUGUUAGACCCUCCACUUCAUGAAUUUCUACCAGAAGGUGACCUAGAACAGAUAGUGAGCCAAUUAAGUUCAGAAACUGGCAUGAGUGAAGAUGAAGUUUUCUCAAGAAUUGAGAAAUUGUCAGAAGUAAAUCCCAUGCUUGGUUUCCGAGGCUGCAGGCUAGGAAUAUCAUACCCAGAAUUGACAGAGAUGCAAGUGCGUGCAAUCUUUCAGGCCGCUGUUAAUACGAACCGCCAGGGAGUUACUGUUCUUCCUGAAAUAAUGGUUCCUCUUGUUGGAACGCCUCAGGAAUUAGGACAUCAAAUGAGUUUAAUACGAAGUGUUGCGAAGAAAGUGUUCUCUGAGAUGGGUUCUUCCUUAAGCUAUAAGGUGGGGACUAUGAUUGAGAUCCCUAGAGCUGCUCUGGUGGCAGACGAGAUUGCAAAGGAAGCAGAGUUCUUCUCCUUCGGGACCAAUGACCUCACUCAAAUGACAUUUGGAUACAGCCGAGAUGAUGUGGGCAAGUUUCUCCCUAUAUAUUUAUCCAAAGGCCUUCUGCAACAUGAUCCAUUUGAGGUACUUGAUCAGAAAGGUGUAGGCCAACUUAUCAAGAUUGCCACAGAAAGGGGCCGGGCAGCUAGGCCUAGCUUGAAGGUGGGAAUAUGUGGAGAGCAUGGAGGAGAACCUUCUUCUGUUGCAUUUUUUGCCGAGGCUGGACUUGAUUAUGUUUCAUGUUCUCCAUUCAGGGUUCCUAUUGCAAGGUUAGCAGCAGCUCAAGUUGCCGUCUGAAUGGUUGAUUUUCAGAGAAGCAGCUUCUCUCUGACAUUGUUCACCUGUAAAUAAAUUUAUUUAAUAGACACAUA